GGUGAAGUAGCAAGAACUGAAAUUAUUCCUUUUUUUAAAAAAAAAAAAAAUUGUUUGCUAUUAAUAUUAUGAACUUUACAUAUAAAACUGGAAGGGAGCUAUUUUCAUCUGGGGAAGACAAUAAUAAUAAAAAGAAAUAAAAAUUAAAUAAUAUUUUCAUUCAUUUUCAUGGAAAAUCCUUUCUUUCCGUGUUUUCCCUAAAUUGAGAAAGUAUGGAUGAACAACCGUUGAUUACUAGAAUAGAGUAGAAGAGCAGCCAAACAUAGCCAGAAGAUUUUCUUGGUUUUGCGGUCGGCUGGUGUGUCGCCGACCAGGAGUCCCACUUAAAGUCCAAAGCGCUCCUCUCUUCUUCUCUCCGACAGUAGUAGUUACACAGAGAGAGAGAGAGAUCCAGAAACGAUGGCUUCGCCGAGAGCUAGGGUUACUUUCCGCAUACUACUGGCUAUUCUAAUCACAGUCGCUUUCUUCUACCUCUUUCGUCCUCUCUACUGGAAAAUCUCCGCCACUAUCCAAGACAUCCGUCAAAACAAGCAGACCGUCUCUGGAGGCAUUUCGCAGAUCGUCGACGAUGCUCGGAAAUCGGUCGGCUGGUACCACGACGAGUCCGAUGCCGGAAGGACGACGGCUCGGAGAAUUCUUCGUCAGAUUCGAUCCAGGAAGCCUGAUGGCAGAGGAGGAUACAGUGGAACUAUACUGUGCUUGAAUAAAGCUCCCUUAUCCAGGAAUGCUGCUGAUGCCAUUAUCAUCAAAUGGCCUUUUUCUAUCUAGGCGUGGGAGCU